GUCGCGCUGCAGGCCGCCCACGCGGUGGCGGCGCUGCCGGCGCAGCUGCCCGCCGCCUACGAGGGGCGCCGGGCCGCGCGGCGGGCGGAGCUGCGGGCGGAGGCCGAGGCGAGAGCCGCGGAGCAGCAGAGGGCCUCGGUCUACCUGCAG